AUGGAUAACGCACCGCCAAGACACCAGCCGAAUAGCGAACUGUCGCACCGAUCAUCAAACACCCAGGAUAUCAAUACUUCAACGAAAAAUGACAAAGGGGAUACUGCACAGCCUUCUCAAGAUCCGAGGCGGAGGAUCCAAGCAAUCGAAAUUCCGAAUCAUCACUCUACAAUCCACUUUCAUGCGAAAAUGGGUGGUUCGAAGACCUCACUUGACCAAGAACCCGAAGUGGAGGAUACAGACUCGGACGAAUUUCCCGAUAAUUUAGUCGCCGCCGACACAAGAGCUAGACCUUCCAAAUUCAAAGGAAAUGGGAAGAAGAAACACAUGGUCUUAGAGGAGGAUUUAUACGAGGCCGAAACUUCUGGUGAGAAAUCGGAUCAAUCUUCAACAAAUUCAUCACCAAGAGUAAAGCGUAAUAAGGGAAAAGGCAUCGCACUUCCCUCCGAUGAUGAAACACCUGAACUUGGGGAUGAACAUGUUGCUACUACCACCUCAUCAUCUCCUGAAUGGACGGAAGAAGAUCAAAUCUUAUUGGAUUGCACAUAUGAUUAUGAACUUGCCCUAUGGCGGAGGACACGGAUACUUUUAAUUUAUAAGGAUAAAUUCAUCAAGAAUGAAACUUCACUAACCAUCCCAUUCUGCAAAUCAUUUUGUACAUUGGUUUGUUUCCCCUACUUUGAUGGCGAUAAAGAAUUCGUCAAGUACGCCUUGUCUACCGCCCUAAAGGCUAGAUGUGGAGAUCAAAUUCCGAACACUUUGGAGGGAAUGAACACUUGGUCGACUUUUACAGCGCAAUGCGAUGGUCUUAUUGAGGUCAUGAAUAGAUCUGAGAUAUACUUCACACAAGCCCAGAUUUUAAGUUUUAAAAACAUACUCGCCUCCCCCACAUCACUCCUCGGACUCCCAAAAAACUCGGCUUUUGUGGAUACGAAAAUCUUCAAGGAAAUUCUGAAAUCUACAAGGACUUCAAAGGAAAAAGGUGAUUCGAUUCACCUCUUGAAUGGGGACAUACAAAAUGUCAUCAAAGCUUGGGAUAUGUGGAAUAAGGAAUCAAGAAAGAAUCUUCCCUCAAUGGAAGAUUCAAAAGAUUCUUGGCAAAGAGGAAAUGUUAAAGCAAUGAAGGUACCUAGGGAUAUAGUUUUAGAUUGGAAGAAGGAUUGGAUUCUUAAGAAGAGGCGUCGUGAUAUUAUCGAUAUGGAGGGAGGAAAUUUGGGUAAUGAAGAUGGUCAGCCAGGUAACCAGAUCGAUUCUUCUCUCUCAGAAGGCGUUAUCAUUUCGGAAGAUGAAAAUACAGCCGAGGAUGAUGAAGAGAAUCAGAGGAUAGAGGAGAUUUAG